UUUCUUUAUCCUUUUCCUCUCUAUAUACUAUAUCUUCUUUUACACAAAAAAUUUCAUGGAGAGAACUAAAGAUAGAGAAACUCAAGAUUUCAUGAAUGUUGAGUCUUUUUCUCAACUUCCCUUCAUGAGGCCAACAAAAGAAAAAGGCGCCAUUAGGCUUUUUGGCAAAGAAUUACUAGGUACUACUAUUCGUCAUGAAGAUCAAUCAAAUGACAUUCAUGAUAGUAUUGGAGAAACUGCAGAUACUAACAACAACAGAAAAUUUGAAUGUCAAUAUUGUUGUAGGAACUUCCCAACAUCACAAGCCCUAGGAGGACAUCAAAACGCGCACAAAAGAGAGCGUCAACAUGCUAAAAGAGCUCAAUAUGCAAAAUAUCAGUACAACGCUUAUUUUAAUUCAGCGUUGUACAAUACUAGUAGUACAAGUAGUACUACUAGUGGUGGUUUUUAUGGAAGUCAUGUGAAUAAUAACGGCCAUAGCCAUUAUUAUUCACAACAAAUUAAUCGCGAUAUAAAUGAAAAUCAUCGCUCAUUUGCAGCGUUAUGGAGAGUACCUCAUGUUCAUCAUAGUAGUAUUAGUAGUAGUAGUAGUAAUUCUUAUUCUCCUAAUAAUGUUUCUAAUUUUGUUAGGCCAGUAGUUUAUAAUAAUGUUAAUGGAGAUUUGAAGAAGAUUAACACAAAGAGUAGCUCAAUUUCUGUAACCAGAUUUGGGUAUGAAUUGAAGGAAGGAGUACUUCAUCAAGAUCAUGGUGGAUCCAAUGUUAUGGUAUUGGGGUUUAUCUGAACACAAUACAGUUGACGCUGGAGUUGAGUGAUGCUUCCAACAAGUUUUUUUCCAUUCUCAAAUGCUCGAUCAAAUCCGAGAUAUAUGGUUAAAGAUGAAGGGAUUUCAAUCAUCCUACACGUGUCGAUUGUACCGACAUAUUGCUUUCAAUACAAUCAAUGCUUGUACAUCAAAUAAUUAAUGACACUUCUCUCAUGCUUUGGACCAGCUCUUUUAGUGUUCCAU